AGCCGCCCGGACUGCCCAUAUGGUAAUCCGCCAUUGCCACCAAUGACAUUUGGGGUUUUUUAUCCCAGUUUCUCGCCUCUCUGAUGGAAUAGCUCAUUGUUCUCAUGAUCAUGUUUCCCUGCCUGUGGUAUCAUAUAUAAUUAUAUGUGUCCAUGUCACAUUACGCAUAAGCCUAGGAGAGAUUGGAAUUCCACAAAGACUUCACACAUCCGCUCAAUUAAAAACCACCCAGCCAAUCCCAGCCCUCUCCUAGUGCGCCACCUGCUCUGCACUUGAAGACUAACUACAAUGUUAUGAAUAACUCGCAGAUAUGCGGGAGCCUAUGGAGCUCGUCAGUAGGAGCCUACUAUCAUGACAGCUGUAACCCCGCCCAUCUGUGAUGAUCUCAAAGCCGAUUGGCUUGCUGUGCAACUUGCCACAGUAAGGCGGUCUCCGGCAUGGUACCUCUAGAUGUGAAACUGGAUGCGAAAGUGGAGGAUGUGCGGCUGACUCCGAGCGAAGUCCGAGCCUGAUUGAGAGAAGUGAAUCAUGGAUGAUCUUGAUAUCCCUUCAAAAACCACCAGAUUGCAAAAUACCUUAAUUCAGUACCACUGCAUGCUUGAAGAGGAAUGGUGUUUCGCCAAGAAAUCAAGUGGAGUUACAGCAUGGCGAAAACCUUCUGAGGAAUUCGGUGGUUGCUUGUACAAAAUUGAAGGAAUAGUGGAAGAUGAUUAUAACAGAAUUGUGGAUUACAUUCGCCCAGGACCUUACAGACUGCAGUGGGACAGCUUAAUGACCUCAAUGGAUAUAAUCAAAGAAUUCAGUAAGGAGUGCUGUGUGAUGCGCUACACAACUGCUGGGCAGCUGCUGAAUAUUAUAUCUCCUAGAGAGUUUGUUGACUUUUCCUACACAACGCAGUAUGAAGAUGGCCUUCUGACUUGUGGUGUUGGCAUUGAAUAUGAAGAUGCUCGACCACACUGUGUGCGUGGGUUUAAUCAUCCGUGCGGCUGGUUUUGUGUGCCCCUGCAGGACAAUCCUCAGCACAGCCUUCUGACUGGCUACAUUCAGACUGAUCUGAGAGGGAUGCUGCCACAAAAGACUGUUGAUCUCGCAAUGGCAGGCUCACUAGUAAACUUCUAUUCUGACCUCAAAAAGGCACUGAAGCCUUAAAAGUUUGGCAGAUCUGGGCUAAUUUCAGUUCCUGGUAACCAGCUUGACCGGUAUGCUAGUGCCUCUGAUCUUUAAUGAACUGGCUAAUUGUUAUUUAACAACAUAAUUGAAAUGGCAUUAUUCUGUUUUUGUCAUCCAGCUCUGCAAUUUAUUUGCACAGUAGCAAAGAACAUGUUUAUUUUAUGGUUCAGCACAGGUUGCUGUGUUUUAUUGUACUGUACAAUAUUUAAUUUAAUUGUUUUCUCUAAAUGUUUGUAACAGCACUGGUAAUGCUGCUAGUUUAACAGAAAAUAACCCUUUCCUUGGGGUGGUCAAUAUGAUUUUUAUUGAUUAUAUAUAUAUAUUUAUAAUGAGUAUGUAAUAUAUGGAUAGGUGGAUAUGCAUGUCCAUGUUUAUAUUCUGAAUGCACAAAUACUCAGGAGUUCAGUCAUUUUUGCUGCUUACUUUGUAAAUCCAUUUAUGUGUAUAUUACAUUAUACAUGUUUAGUAAAAUACAUGAAAGGGCACCUGUCACCCAAAUCUGUUUCCCCGACCAGAGAUGGGACUAAUAGAGACUAGUAGAUUCUUUUCUUUUCUCUUCUUUUUUUUUUUUAAAUCCCCCAUAAACGCUAGGCCGCCUGCAUCAGGGGGGAGCUUCUGGUGAAUUCUAUUACCGCACCUCUAGUGGAGGAAACAAUUUUUGGGUGACAGGUGCCCUUUAAGGCUUAUUUACAAAGUGCAGGGCAGGUUACAAAGUACAAAAAUUCAAUUGUACUCUGUCUUGGAAUUUAAAAAAUAGCCAUAAGUCUUUUCACUGCAAAAUACAGUGCAAAGGUCUGCAUCAAGCUCAUGAAUAUAUUGACUGUGUUCUGUCCUGUGUUCAUGAGAAAGCACUUUUCUAACAUCAGAAGACUUGCUUUUUCUUCUUCUGAAUUUUAUUCCCAUACGUCAGGCCAGUCGGCAGUACUGACCAGCAGAUGGUGCUAUUGUUUCAAUUUAAUUGUAUCCACAGUGUAAAAAAACUGCUUAUACAUUGAAAACUGUGCCCAGAGGAGCACUCUGAGCAGUUUUGCAUUCAUUUGUUUCAAGAGUUUACAUUUCAUUUAAGGUUCCUAUUCUUGGAAUAUUCUUCCAAGAAUAGGAACCUACUAUUCUUAUUUUAUUCUUAUUUUAAAUAUUCUUAUUCUUGACUUAAGCACUCCAAACCUUUGCAACUUCUCCUAAAAAGAAUACUGAGAAUACUUCUUUUUCAUUUGUAUGUUAAAUAUGAUAAAAUACGGAGCAGCUACUGGUAAAUUUAAUUCAAAUUUCAAAUGUAAAUUUUAGAAAAUGGUAAAAAAAAUAAUCUUUUUAACAAAAGUAAGUUUUGUGAGGGUCAUCUAUCCCUUGACCUAUCAUUCAACAUGAUGUACAAGCAGUACAGGGUAUUCUGUAUGUAAUAGUACGUUUUAUUUCAUUUUACCAGUGAAGAAUUUGUUUCAGUUGUUUUCAGUUAAAAUGUUUUAAUCUGCUUAUUUAUUACCCCAAAAAUGUCAUCUGAUCAAUCUGAAAGCCUAUGAUUAAGGCAUGAAAUCCUCUUUAAAUAAAAUAAUUAUUAACUGCAUCAGCAGUUACCAUCAA